UUUAUGUGAUUCUGGCCAAUCAUAGGUACCCAGGUCACAGCAAAUGAACAGGAAGAAAAGAUGGCGGCGAGAAACGGGAAGAGCGGUCUGUUGGAAAAAUGGAGGAUUGAUGAAAAGCCUGUGAAGAUUGACAAAUGGGAUGGUGCCGCUGUGAAGAACUCUUUAGAUGAUGCAGCCAAGAAGGUUCUGAUUGAAAAAUACGGCUAUGCUGAAAACUUCAACUUAGUUGAUGGACGUCUGUUCAUUUGCACAAUCUCCUGCCUUUUCGCCAUUGUAGCUUUAAUUUGGGAUUACCUUCACCCAUUCCCUGAGUCCAAACCAGUGCUGGCAUGCUGUGUCAUUUCAUAUUUCAUAAUGAUGGGCAUUCUGACCUUGUACACCUCUUACCAAGAGAAGAACAUCUUCCUGGUAGCUAUGCAGAAGGACCCAGCGGGCAUGGACCCAGAUCACCUGUGGCGGCUCUCCUCUAGUCUUAAAAGUAGAUUCGAUGACCAGUACACGUUAAGAGUGUCCUUUACAGACGGGAAAACUAAGAAGACGAGGGAGAUGGAGAUUACGAAGUCAGUCGCGGCGUUCUUUGAUGACAAUGGAACGCUGGUGAUGGACCUAUAUGAAAAAUGCGUCUCAAGGCUUCAUGACACGUUGGCCACAGAGAAGAAAACAAAGUAGUGUUUGGUGGAAACUGGCGACGGCUGCCUGCACCGAUUCAGCGCACAGAGUAUCCGUGGCUGUAGUGGGACAAAACUCAGAUGUUAUUCAGGCUUUUGUGUUGUAACAUUGCUGUAACAUUGCAUACGGUCAGCACAGCGUGUUUUUUAUUGCUUAUGUUUGUGAACUGGUCCUUUUUUUGCUUUAUCAAUUUAUACAGUUUGAUGCUCUUAAGGAGAAGUAGACUAUAUAUAUGUAUUGAAACAGUGUUCAUCAGUAUAUUUUAGAGCAGGUACCACUUGCUUUUAGAUAUUCAGAGAAUAGUUAUCAUCAAUCUACAUGUUCACCCCAACUAACUUUUCACGCAUUUUUGCCCAAAAGCCUUAUUUAAACAUCUUUUCAGUCCAACCAUUUUGCGCUUUUGUGUUCCUUUGAAUUUGUGUUGUUAUAGCUUUAAAGGGACUGAAUCCAACUGUUGUGCUGCCCCUUCGCUGCUUUGAUACUGAUGUUCAAGCUUGAACCAAGGAUAGUUGUUUGAUGUUUCUUUGAUAGAAGGUUGAAAAUGGAUAAAGUCUUGACUUGUUUUUUACAUUUAGCAGAGAAUAGUUCUGGAUUCCACGUGUUUAUCUUAGUCAACAAAUAAUUUUCAAGUAGACUUAAUUAUUUCGGUAAGGUUAUAACUGCCCAUGUGGAUACAGUUUUAUUCUCCAUAUUGUGAAAAAUAGGCCUACUGCGCCGCUCCAUGGAGAAGAGACGGUUUUUGUGUAAUAAUUUUCAGCUUCUGCUAUCUGUAUUCUUGUGCCUGUUUUUCUCAAACAUAAAAUUUACAAAUAAAGUGACAAGGCAUUUUUAAA